GCUGCUUGCAGCGCUUUUGCCACAGUAGAAGAGGAAGGCGGAGAUUACAUUGCUCCUUAUCUUUCAGACAUCUUGCAGACUUUGGUACAGGCUUUUGGGAUCUACCAGGCUAAGAACUUGCUAAUUCUGUACGAUGCAGUCGGUACUUUGGCUAAUUCGGUUGGAAGUGCUUUGAGUCAGCCGGUCUAUGUUCAAGUGCUUAUGCCCCCGCUGAUGGAGAAAUGGCAAAGGCUUGGUAAUGACGACAAGGAACUGUUUCCACUGCUUGAGUGUGUGUCAUCUGUAGCGUCGGCAAUGGGCAUAGCGUUUUUGCCUUAUUGUGAACCUGUUUACACGAGGUGCAUCACGUUAAUAACUCAAUCUUUGCAUCAGUCCAUGGAAGCGCAACAGCGACCGAAUGAGGUGGAAAUGCCCGACAAGGAUUAUCUCAUCGUUGCUUUGGAUCUGUUAUCUGGUCUAGCUGAAAGCUUAGGAGCCCACAUUGAACCUUUAGUGGGACGAAAUGAAGUGCUGCAACUGUUGUCGUUAUGCGCUGUGGAUCCCACGCCAGAAGUACGGCAAAGUAGUUUCGCAUUGCUUGGAGAUCUAACAAAAGCUUGUUGGCAUCAUAUAAAACCAUAUACACAGACUUUCAUACCUAUCUUGGCAAUGAAUUUUGACCCUUCCCUAAUUUCCGUUUGUAAUAAUGCUAUCUGGGCUUUUGGCGAG